GAUUACCGAUUACGUCGAAAGUGAAACUAAUAUACGCGUUGUCUUUUUGGUUAGUGCUGGCACGAGACAGACGUUGUCUUAGAGACAAAACCACAGAAGAAAUGGCUGAAAAGAAGAGGAAGCGAGCUAAAACCUCUUUAACCUCUGAUGAAUCCUUCGAGGAGCCGUCUGUUAGCUCACAGAAGAGUGCAGCUGAGUCCACAGAUCCCAAAUGUAUCAUGAGGAGGAGUGAUGGAUCCAUGUGCGAACCACUCAAUUUUGGUCUUGAGGAGAUACAGAGACAGCAGAGUGAAGAGUUAAGUUCAGAGUCGUUGGAGGAUUUUAGGGAUCCUGUCCAUUACACAGGUGGACAGCAGACAGAUACUGAGGAAGAAAUAUCUGUUGCAGGAGAGAGCCAUCUUUUAAACGCAAUGAAGAUCCAUAAAGAAGCAAUGCAAAAGCAAUUCACUGUGACGGACGAAGGUCAUGGUGACCAGCAGACUUCUCUGGAAAGCAUAAACACAACACUCAACAUCACCGCUGUAGAAAGUGGAAAUCAGCACCCACUGCACGAGUUCAGCAACCUCAAACAUAAAUUGGAACAAGAGUCUUCUGAACAUACAAUCGAAAUCAGUGACAUCUUCAAACUGUUGCCUGACCAAGAGAGACGUCACAGAACAGUCCUGACGAAGGGCGUCGCAGGGAUUGGAAAAUCAUUUUCCGUACGGAAAUUCAUUCUUGAUUGGGCCAAGGGGAGCGCGAACCAGGACUUUGAUUUAGUUUUUAGUCUUGCUUUCAAAGAGCUGAAUUUGAGUACAGAUAACAAAAGCUUGCACCAGCUCCUGACUGAAUUUCACCCUGCUGUCCACGAUCUGAAAGAUCCAGAAGAUAUUGUCAAAGCCAAGGUUUUAGUGAUCCUGGACGGCCUGGACGAAAGCAGACUUCAACUGGACUUCGAGAACAAGCCGGUAUCAUCUGUCAGUGAAGUAACAUCUGUGGGGAAUCUUCUAACAAACCUCAUCCAGGGUAACCUUCUUCCCGAGGCUAAACUGUGGAUAACAUCCCGUCCAGCAGCAGCCAAUCAGAUCCCUGCAAAUUUUGUCGGCUUGGUGACAGAGAUAAGAGGGUUCACCGACCCACAAAAAGAAGAAUACUUCAGGAAGAGGUUUAGUCAUGACAUGAACCUCGCUGACAGGAUCAUCUCGCACAUUCGCUCCUCACAGACUCUCGACAUCAUGUGCCAGAUCCCGAUCUUCUGCUGGAUUUCUGCCGUAUUAUUUCAAGAGAUCUUUGGGGAAGAAGAGGAAGCUGAAACUCCUCAAACUCUAACAGAGAUGAUGGCACAUUUCCUGUUCACCCAGACAAAACGCAGAAGCAGAAAAUACGAUGAGAAGACAGAUGAAAAUAAAGAGAGAUUUCUGAAGAUGCAUAGAGAAUUUCUCCUGAAACUCGGUAAACUGGCAUUUGUUCAGCUGCAGAACAACAACCUCAUCUUCUAUGAUGAAGACCUGGAAGAGUGUGGCAUCGACGUAAAAGAAGCAACCAUCUACUCUGGAUUCUGCACAGCAGUCCUGAGGGAAGAACAAGUCUUUUCCCAGAAAAAGGUCUUCUUCUUCGUGCACUUGACCGUACAGGAGUUCUUUGCAGCUCUUUUUGUCUAUGACUGUUUCAUAAACAACAAUACGACAGAGCUCGGAAACUUCCUCAAUCUGAAGGACAAAGAUCAUACUUUACUUGAUCUUGUAAAGAUGACUGUUGACAAAGUGCUGGAGAAGAAGAACGGCCAUCUGGACUUCUUCUUGCGAUUCCUCCUUGGCCUCAUGGUAGAGCCAAACCGGAGAGUCCUUCAGGGUCUGCUGACAUCACCAGAACCAAGCCAAGAUAUCAACAAGAAAAUCUUGACUCACCUCAAAGCCAUCAAAAGAAAGGCCCUCUCUCCAGACAGUUGCAUCAACCUCUUCCAAACUAUGGUUGAGAUGAGAGAUAACAAAGUCAAAAAUGAGAUUCAGGAAUAUCUCAAAUCACCAGAUCGCUUGAAAACAGAGCUGACUCCACUGCACUGCUCCGCGCUGGCCUACAUGCUGCUAGUAUCUUCGGAUGAACUGGAUGUGUUGGAUUUGAAGAGUUACAACACAUCAGACGAAGGCAGAAGGCGACUGAUACCAGCUGUGAGGAGCAGCAGAAAAGCUGUGCUAGCACACUGCAAAGUGACUGAAGAGUCGGUUGAACACCUGGCCUUUGGACUCAAGUUCCCCCACUUACCGCUAAGAGAUCUGGAUCUGAGCGGCAAUGACCUUCAAGAUUCGGGAGUAAAGCUGCUCUGUGAUGGACUGUCAAGUCAAACCUGCAAACUGAAGAAACUGAGGUUGUCAGGAUGUCAGGUCACAGAGAAAGGCUGUGAUUUUCUGGCCUCGGCUCUACAGACCAACCCCUCUCAUCUGAUAGAGCUGGACCUGAGCUACAACAAUCCAGGGGAGUCGGGAAAGAAGCGGCUCUCUGAACUGUUACAGGAUUCACGAUACAAGCUCACCACACUCAAUGUUAAACAUGAUGGAAGUCACCGGAUGAAGUCGGGGUUCAAGAAAUAUGCCUGUGAGCUCACACUGGACCCCAACACAGCCCACAAGAACCUCCUCCUCUCUGAAGAGAACAGAAAAGUGACCUGGGUGCAAGAGGAGCAGCCGUAUCCAGAUCACCAAGAAAGGUUCGAUCACUACCAGCAGGUGCUGUGUGAACAGGGUCUUGAUGGGUGCUGCUACUUGGAGGUGGAGGUGAAGGGGCCUUUUACCAUUGGGUUAACGUACAAAACCAUUGGCAGGAAAGGUGAAGUGAGAGAUUGUAAACUGGGAUGCAACGACAGGUCUUGGUGUCUGAUUUGCUCUGCUGAGGGUUGUCUUGUUCUGCACCACAAUCAGAGUGUCAGUGUAUCUUCCCACAGCUCACGCUCCAGUAGGGUGGGGGUUUAUCUGGACUGGCCGGCUGGGACUCUUUCUUUCUACAGAGUUACCGCCGACAGUCAGACCCGCCUCUACACCUUCAGAGAAACGUUCACUGACCCCCUCUAUCCGGCUGUUGAACUUCGCACUCAUUCCUCGGCCUUGUUCUGUGAGAUAACAUAGCUCAGUUAGCACAAAGCUAACCGAACUUCACUGCAACACGCAUCACACGCAAGAAACCAAAGGUGUAGAUCUGCAUAUGGAUGGUAGGGACAUGUCCUAUACAAUCACUACUAGAAGUAGUCAGACAGAGAGCCAUGAUGCUGGCUGUCCAGCCUCGUUUUUUGUGUUUUUCGCCUUGCCUUUUCUUUUGCCAUGUGCUAAAGACCACCAGUAGACAAAACCAGUAGUGCAAAGCAAAACUGACAUUGAGGAGACAUGUUAUCAGUUUGCAUUUGAAAGAAAAAGAGGACAAACAACGUCUAAAUUUUGCUAAGAAAUUUUGGUAAGACACGCCACAGCGUGUAGACAACAACUAGCAAACAUGCUGACCUCCCUGUGAGUAGUGUCGGGCGUAUUUACAUGGGAUCGAACAGCAAUUUUAAAACACACGUUCAGCAUUUAGAAAAAAUGCUCCAAAGUGAGAAAAUGCGGGUGAAUCUGUUUAAGGGCGAACAAGUCCUGCCCAAAAAGUUACCCGUGUGUUACCUGUGUAUACGACAUGCUCCCACAAAUCACGUCCAUCACUAAUACAAGUCAAGCCCACCAACGCCACAGUUUCAUAACCUGCUGUAUUUUAUACUGUAGUGAACAAUUAAGAGACCAAAUGUAGCAAUAAUCCACUUAAUGAUUAACCAUAGAUGAAGAUGUGGUUCACUCUAUAAGUAAUGAAAUGUAGCUUUCCUACUAUAGUUAUCCUAAACUCAACAGUCUCUCUUCUAAGCUAAGACUUCAUAGCUGGCUAAUUGCUCACUUAGCAUUAGCUAGCUAAGUAAAAAGAUGUAGCCUUCCCAUUAUCCAUACCAUAACUUUAAUUGCCUCUUUUUUUUAAACUAAUACUUAUAGACAAAGAAUUGUUAGCUUAGCAUGAGCAUUGGUAACAAGAUGUAGCCUUCCCAUUAUACUUACCCGAACCUUUACUGGCUCUCUUUUAUCAUUAUACUUUGUAGCUAGCCGAUUGUUAGCUUAGCAUUAGCAUAGGUAACAAGACUUACCCUUUCCAUCACCCUUACCCGAACCUUAACGUCUCUUUUUUUAAUGAAAUACGUUAUAGUUAGCUUAUUACUACCUUAGCCAACCUUAACGCCUCUCAUUUAUUAAAAUCUGUGCCAUACUUAAUAGCUAAGAGCUAACUUGGCAAAUUAGUCGGAUUUAAGCCUUCUCAGGUUUCGUUAAGCAGGCCAGCCAAGAGGAGAAAGUUGGGACCAACAUUUGCUGAAGCCUAAAAUGUAUUUCAGUGUGUAUUUUUGCACAUAUCUAGUAUGAAACAACAGAUAAAUGAGUAACAAGUACUUUUUGUAUUAAGACUUUUGUAGGAUUCAAUAGUUAAUAGAAACUAUAUUUCCGAACAGUUUAAUAACAGCAGUGUUGGCUGUUUUUGUAAAUAUUUUCUUGCUACAUAAUGUAUCAUAAUAUAUCUUAUGUAACAAAGCAUAAAAUGUUAAAUGUGAUUGAAAAUCCAAAGAAAAAAAAUUUAAAAAGCAAGCAAAUAUUUAGUUUAACAGUCAAGCUGCAAUGAGUGUUUGUGUGUUAAUGAAACAGAUCACAAAAAUAUCAGCUUUGUCUCCGCAAAUCUCGAAACCAAACCUUUACCUUUGCACAGAAACUCUGAGAACCUGCUGUUCAGGUUUUCUUUUCCUUUUUUCGGGAGGCGCUAUGCUAUUAUUUCCCAAAACACGUCUGAACUCGCAGAUGCAUUUUCACAAUCAGAUGCAUCCGGUGUCUUUCUUACUUUGUGAGAUUUGACUGUAUAACUUUUAAAUGUUCAUGUUUGCAGCUAAGAUUCAGUUAUACAGGUUUGAGUUUGUACAGGUUUUUAUGAAUUUUUGGGAUUUAUUGUGUUUUUGAAGUUUAUGUUUGAUCAACUUGUAUUCAUACACAUUUAAAAGUUUCAACAUUUAAAGAUUUUAGUUAUGGAAAUGUUUUGCAUUUUGGUGUUGUAAGUUAGUGAUAGUAAACUGCAAAUAUUGUAAUAAUGAUAUAGAGAUGAAUACUUUACUGUAUUAACGACAUGCUCCUACAGACCACGCCCACCGCUAAUACAAGUCAAACCCUCCAACGCCACAGUUUCAUAACCUGCUGUACUUUAUACUGUAGUGAGCAAUUAAGAGACCAAAUGUAGCAAUAAUCCACUUAAUGAUUAACCAUAGAUGAAGACGUGAAGUUAAACAAACCAACCAGUGCAUUGCAGAGAUGAAAACUUUACUGUUUUAUGCUUUUUAAGUAUGAGGAUAUCAUAAAAUAUUGUUAACAUUUUAAAGUCAGAGAGUCAAGUAAGCAGCCGUGUCUCGUCUUGUCUCAUCUCAUGAAACUCUGUUACCAUUUUUAUUUUACUUGUUUUUAAUUAUCUGCAUUACUUUUUAACAUUUUGAGUUUAUACUUCAUAAAAUGCAUUAAUAUUACAAUUUCAUCACGUUAAGCAGCUUACCAAAUAUGAAAAGUUAACUGAGAGUGACGAAUGAUAAUUUUGUGGCUGAUAAAUUGAGUUAAAUACACUCUCCAUGUGAUUUUUCAGAUUUUAAGUCAAGUGUUCAUAUCGAGUGUACUUAUAUUUGGGUUUUUAUGUUGCAAGUGUCGAAUGCAUUUCUAAAUCAAAACAAGUCAACAUCAGUUUGUUUAAUGUUCCCUGGAGUGCAAAAUAAUUGAAUCAAAAAUGUGAGUAAAUGUAAAAAAUUGUCUGUUUUAACGGAUUAAUUAUUCAUGUGUUGUACUUUAUGUUUAUGUGUUUAUGAUCGCUUUUGUGCAACCUAUCAAUAAAAAUAAAUGUUGCAGUGAA